UAACGCUGAAGCUAUAGCAUGUUUGUCAAGUGUUGUUAAAUUGCAUAGUCUUUAAACUUUUAAUUGAAUAUAAACUUUUGUUGAGAUGUUUAUAAUUUCGCAAAUUUGUAUUAUCACAUUGGUUGCUUUGAAAACCGAUGCUUUGUCCCAAAAUCAAUCAUUUACGCUUGCUGCAUACUACAUAAAGAAAUGCAUAAGCCCGGCUAUAGUUAAUUACGAUUUACAAACAAAAACAUUGGGCAACUGUGUAACUAAAAUAGGAAGCUACUUAGAUUGUUUUAACAACACUAAACGUAACACAACAUACUAUCAUCCUUGUCCCUAUUUAUUUUUUGAAUCAGGUGUAAUACCUGUUUUGUGUAUAAAUGGAACUUUUGGAAAAGUUGAUUAUACCUCUUAUUGCUCAAAAAUUACAGAUGAAGAGAAGACUAGAAGACAAUUUUCAGUUUUUUAUGAAGCAGGAAUAAUAUCAAAAUGGCAAUAUCAAUAUGAAAUUGAUUCAAAAUUUAAUGAACGAUUACUUGAUGAUUUGGGAUACUUUCUUCGUAUAAUUGAUGCUGCUGCGUGUUUUUUUGGCUUUAUUGUACUCUUAGUGUUAAUUUUCAAUAUCUUCAAGUUAUUCUAAUUGUUCCUCAGGGUAUUUAUGUCUGCAUAUUUCAAAUU